GCAAAUACUCGCAAGUACUCAUAAAAUUGCAUUUUGAAAAAUCUCACGUGAGAUUGGGAAAUGGGGGAGGCGGUUGAAUAAAAUCUCACGACAUCUCACCAGGGGGAGAGGGAGGAUCAGAAAAUUAAAAAAAACACCUAACGUAAUUUAUGGACGCCCCCUAACCCACAGUGGGUUAACUGCUUAAUUCAAGUAUUUAUUUAUUAGUAUUUAUUUUAUUUAAUCUUAAAUUUUAAUCUUAAAACCUUUGUAACAAAUUUAUUUACUUGUUUUUAUGUAAAAAUGUUGAGUGCAAUAUAAAUAUAUAUAAUAUAUUGCCCAGUAAAAUAGACGAAUGGCGGAUUUAAUGCCAAAGAGACAUUCUCUACCAGUCAACCAGUGAAUUUAGUACAGAACUUUAAAAGUAUUAUAUAAAUCAUUAUCAAAAUGAAAAGUUUAUUUUUUGUUUAUCGAUGGAAAAAACUGGACUCGUGUUUAAACAAUACACUAAUGAUUUAUAUUGUUAUUUAUAAUCAAUAAAUAAGUUACUAACACUGUAUCUAUCUGAAUAUUAACAUACAUAGUACCAUCCCAUCAAUUAAAACGAGUAACUUAAAAAUUAAACAAAAUCGAGCAUGAAUAAUCGCAUCAUUUUUUUUAUCCUUUUUUUUUUCAUUAAGACAAUUAAACUCAAUAGUUUUAUUGCUUGUAUACCAAAAAUAUAUUUUCGGCGUAAUUUUUUUUUCCCCAUUUUCGUGUUUUUAUCAUUUUAUUUUUUUAUAAAACCAUAUGGUAAGUCAUUAAAUAAAUGGAUUUAAUAAAUAUACUAAUUCAGUGUACUAAACUGUGUCAUAAUAAAACAUUUUAAUUUUACUUUAUUUUCGAACUCAGUUAUAAGGUAUUUUAAGUUACGACGUUGCGUCGUUGCCUUGGAAUGACGUCACAGUGAGUCAGAGGUGCGUCACCUGUGGCCGCCGCCAGUUUAAAUAUGCAGAUGCAUUAUUUGUUUGUAGUCCGAUUCGGUCUUGCAUUUGCACACCACGUGUAUCUUUUGCGUUCAUCGUUAUUUUUGUUAAAUCUUUGUUUUUGUUAUUAGUUUGUAGAUUGUUAACCGUUGUUUUGUUUUGUUAAUUGUUAUAAAUGAGUGAAGAAGUGAGAAUGAGUGAGGCAAGGAAAAAGCAACCAAGGCGUCGAAAGAGAAUCUUGGAACCUCAAGCAGGUUAGUAUAUUAUUAUUCAAAUUUAUUUAUUUUCAAACAAAUUUUAACAGCCGUUGAAAAAGAAUAGUCUUAAAAUACAUAUUUAUCUUAGCAAUGUUCUUAAAUUCCUUACGAUUAUAGAAUUUGUAUAUUAUGCACAAGUCGUCGUUGCUUGAAUCCUCAAAACAAAAUAUUUCUAGGUAACCAGAAUUACCAGAAUCGAUAUAAAUAAAAAGUUGUGUACAUAUUAUUAAAGGCGACCUAAAUGUUCUUAUCUAAUAUUGUAAGCCAAAUUUUCGAAGUAGAAGCCUUUCUCAGCAAAUUUGCCCUUUCUUUUCCCUGCGGCUGACCAUUCCUAUACGUGGUAGGUUUAAUAAUUAUAUUUUCGUUUCAGAUCAUCUUCGUCAAUACCCUUUAAUUCUCCGAUAAAAAGAGAAAGCCAACAACUUGGCAAUCGGCGAAAAACAAUUGAUCACAAACAACUAUAAAUAUGUUAAAAAUACUUGGCCAGAAACUGAAUACAAAUCAAAUCAGGCUAUGGUAGCUAAGACAGCUGAAAUUAGCGGAGUGAGUGUAAAAUCCAUUCAUGGAAUUUUACGGGAGUACAAAGACACUCACACAUUUGAACCAAAAGGCACCACUUGAUGAUCAAAUAAUGAUAUAGACGUUCUUUUUAUUACAAAAUAAUAUUUUGAAAUAAUGACAAUGCAUGAAAUAUUUUUGUUUUUCUAUUAUUAUAGUAAUAUUCGACAUGAUCCGUGGUCUUUCGAAACAACUGAUGUAAAACGCACAACGCACUGUAAAGUCGCAAACUAUAAAUAUAUGAAAUAGCAUCUUUUAUGUAGCUAUGUAAUGUAAAUAAAUGUGUACUAUUUAAAAACUGUUUCGUAUUUCAUUGCCCCUAUUCCACAUAUCCCUUUGGGCUAAAAACUCAGAAAAAAAUGAGAUCAGUAAUAUUGUAUUCCCCAUAAGUUUCAUGAACUUGCAUAUUUUAUAUGGUUAACUUGCGUCAUCGGCAUUUAUAAACUACUACAUGAAAAAAAGGUUUAUGAUAUAUGUCAAACUCAGAAUUCCAGGACUGUCCUGUACCACGAUACGUCUAAUUAGUCACUUUUAGCGAUAGUAUCCAUACGAUUUGUUCAUUUUGUCCAUAAUAUUAGAGUACAUUGGUACAGAGGAGGUGAAUGACCUUUAUUGCACGUUUAUCUGGCACUGACUAUAGUUAUGAACGAAACAAGCAGGGCUAGCAAGGGGCGCGGGCGCAGGGGAUGUACGCGCAUGCGCCGACGACGAUGUCUGCUCGGUUUUUUAUUUAGUUAGGCAACAUCAGUCGCCCGCGCACAAUUCUUUUGAACGCACGCACUUCCGCCUUUGCUUCCGUGUUGCACGCCACCCACCGCAGCCCCACACUUCGCGCGUCGUAAUGUAUUCCAAUCGCGAAUAUUACGAAAUGGUGCGGUGUUACAUUUUAAGCGGUGAAAGUUUAAAUGCAGCUCGGAGACUAUACGAAGCAGAAUCCAUCCCAGCCCUGCAAAAUCAGGGACUAAUAAACCCCGCAGUACCUAGUCGCGAGACAUUUUUGGCUGUGAACCAAAGGCUAUUGGACUAUGGUCAAUUUACUUCGCCUACUCACGCUCGUGGAGGUGGAAGACCAGGACUUGCAGUAGAAAUCGAAGAUGAAAUCUUGGAUUUCUUCGAAAGGGACCCGCGCGCCAGUACACGAGAUGCCGCACGCCGAUUUAACGUAAGCCACUAUGCCGUGUGGAAGCUGCUGAAAGUGACAGGGCUACACCCUUACCACUUCCAAAAGGUCCAUGCUCUACACGAUGGAGAUAAUGUGCCCCGUCGUACCUUUUGUGAAUGGCUGAUUGCACACCCUAAUGCCAACAUUUUGUGGACUGACGAAGCAUUGUUUACUCGUGUGGGGCUUUAUAACCAUCAUAACGAGCACUGGUGGUCCUUCAGAAAUCCGCAUAUGAUUCGGAAAACCCACCAUCACGUGCGCUUUAGUGCCAAUGUGUGGGCCGGUGUUAUAGGCACGAAAAUACUGGGGCCGUACUUCAUCGAAGGGCCACUCACCGACGGCAACUUCCUCGAUAUGCUGCGGCAUGUCAUUGCCGAUUUCAUGGAGGACUUGCCCGUAGCCUACUUCCGGGAUUUUUAUUUUCAACUGGACGGUGCAUCACCCCAUUACGCCGCCGCCGUCCGAGAUCAUCUCACCAUAGAAUAUGGUGAUCGAUGGAUUGGACGCGGAGGCCCCAUCGUGUGGCCUGCUCGAUCGCCGGACCUAACACCGUGCGACUUUUAUUUGUGGGGCGAAAUUAAAAGACGUGUGUAUUUUGAGGAAGUACAAAGCCUUGAGGACUUAAAAGUGCAAAUCAGAGCGGCAUUUGACUACGUGAAAAAUGACACUGUAGUGCUCUCAAAAUUAAAAGACAAUGUGCAAAAACGUGCAAGACUCUGUGUGGAGAGGAACGGUAUGAACUUUGAACAUUUAUUAAAGUAUACGUAGGUAAAUAGUUAAAUUAGGUAGGGUAAAUUGAUUAGUUGAUUAUGUACAUAAAGUUGAUGAUUUUUUAAAUACGCCUGAUUGCAAAGAAUAUCUAGUUAAGUACCUACUUUUUUUUAUUAUUGGUUUAACUAAACAGAAUUUUAGGUAACUCGAUAUUUACUUACCUAUUUAUUUAUAAAUUUAAAGCAGUAUAGCUAUUGUAAUAGUAGGUAUCUAAUAGGAUUUUUGCAAUUUGACGGUCCUAAGCCCGUAAAAGUAUGAAGGAAAGGUUUCAACUUUAUGUACCAUUUGCCCAAGCAUGAAAAAACGAAAACAUUUAAGGUAGCUGCUACUAACUCGCAAGCAUACUUGUAUUACUAUCAAUGAAUUGCGGGAAGGGAGGGAGAGGUAAGUGUAACGUUGCGCGUAAAGCGCACGUACUGGGCAGCGAGAGCGUCCACAAAUGUAUGUUUUUUGAAAAUAACUUGGUGACGAUAUAACUCAACAUUUUUGUUCUAAACGACAUAAAAAGAAAAAACCCGUAUUUCAUUAUUUGUCGUAAAGAUUAACAUACUCAAAUUUGGAGAGUGUUUGAAAUGCUUACGAAUGUCGAAGCCGUUCAAGGUGACUCAGGUCGAGGUGUUGAGGUACCUUCCAGGUUUUAGAUUUCCAUAAAACUAUGUAAUUGGGGACCCAAGCAAUGUCUCAUACAUAUUUAUUGUACUAAUUUGCCUCUUAACUUAAUUUUCGCCAAUCACAUCAUAUUCCAAGAGAAAAUCUCGUAUUAAUAAAACAUGUUUUAAUCAUCUUAUCGUAUUGUCUGAUAAAUCGUAACACAUCGUCAAGGAAAAACAGAAAACCGAUAAAAAUGCCGGCUAGAGAUAAGGAAAAACAUACUUUAUCUAUUAAGUAAUAAGUUCAAUAUUACUUCUUUAUAUGAGCGGGUGAAGUAAUUCGCAUAAAACAAUAGACCAAUAAUGUAUCGUUGAAAUAUUCAUAAAAUUAGGUUUAAAGUAUUAGAUGAAUUUACAACAGAAAAAAAAAGAUUUGAAAGACAUACAGCCAGUUGCACAAACGUCCAUUUA